GGAGGAAGAUAAAGAAAAAAGAAAAAGAAAAUAAGAGCUUGAAUUUUUGUACUGUUUGAUUAAUUUUCCUUUGGAGUUUAAUAUAAGGCCUUUAUAAUUUUUUGAAAGGCCUUUGAUUAUCUUCGUUGGGUGUUUGUUCUUGUUGUGGUGUUAUACCUUAUUUCUUAUUUGGAAGAAAAGAAUAUUUUACCAUGGCGGUUUACUAUAAAUUUAAGAGUGCAAGAGAUUAUGAUUCUAUUGCUAUGGACGGUCCUUUCAUCUCAGUUGGUAUACUCAAAGAAAAAAUAUUUGAAUCCAAGCAUUUAGGGAGGGGUACUGAUUUCGACCUUGUGGUCACCAAUGCCCAGACCAAUGAAGAGUAUCUUGAUGAUGCAACGUUGAUUCCAAAAAAUACCUCAGUUUUAAUUCGCCGUGUACCUGGACGCCCCCGCAUGCCCAUUGUUACUGAUCCAGAGCAUAGAGUGGAAGAUGUGAUAGAGAACACUGAACCGGAAAAGACUAGCUUUCUGGGAGCUGGUUCCUCUGUGAAUCCUGAGCCAGACUGGGAUGAUCUUGGGGGUGAUUUGUAUGAAAUUCCUGAAGUUAUGCCAGUGCAGCCAAGUUAUGCGGUUCCGGAUAUUCCACCAACAAAUAAAGCUGAUGAGGAUAGCAAGCUUAAGGCUCUAAUUGACACCCCAGUAUUAGACUGGCAACAUCAAGGUCCUGAAGGUUUUGGCCCUGGUAGAGGUUUUGGCCGGGGUAUGAAUGGAAGAAUGGGUGGACGCGGUUUUGGUCGAACAGGAGUGUUUGAGAAGAAAACUCCUCCACAGGGCUAUAUAUGUCACAGGUGUAAGGUUCCUGGUCAUUUUAUUCAGCACUGCCCUACAAAUGGUGAUCCAAAUUAUGACAUCAAAAGAGUGAAGGCACCCACUGGCAUUCCCAGGUCCAUGUUGCAAGCAACCCCAGAAGGCUCAUAUGCAUUGCCAAGUGGGGCUGUUGCUGUAUUGAGGCCAAAUGAGGCUGCUUUUGAGAAAGAGAUUGAAGGUUUACCCUCUACGCGUUCUGUUGGUGAUCUACCACCUGAGCUACACUGCCCCUUGUGCAAGGAAGUGAUGAAAGAUGCUGUUUUAACGAGCAAGUGUUGCUUUAAGAGCUUUUGUGACAAGUGUAUAAGGAAUUACAUUACCUCAAAGUCAGUGUGUGUCUGUGGGGAUACAAAUACACUUGCAGAUGAUCUACUACCGAAUAAGACUCUCAGGGAUGCAAUCAAUCGAAUUUUGGAGUCUGGUAACAGUAGUACUGAUAACGCUGGCAGUGCUUUCCAAGUUCAAGAUAUGGAGUCUGCGCGCUGCCCACUACCCAAGAUUCCUUCCCCUACUUUAUCUGCUGCAUCAAAGGGAGAAAAUCAGCCUUCACCUCUGAAUGAAGCUCUGAAGACACAGGAGAUUGUAGAUGAGGUGAAACCUGUUCUUGCCCCACAGCAGAUGUCAGAAAAUGUGAGGAAUACAAAAAUAGGAGAUGCAUCUGAAGCUACACAUGAGUCAAUGAGUGUAAAGGAACCUGCAUCCCAAGGGAGUGCUCCCCUGGUUGACGAAGAAGUGCAGCAGAGGCUGGCCUCCGUGGAGGCAGGAAAGAAAAGGAAAAAGAAGAAAGUUCGCAUGCCUGCAAACGAAAUGCAAUGGAAGACUCCUCAAGACCUUGCAGCUGAGAACUACAUGAUGCAUAUGGGCCCCUCUACUUAUAAUCCAUACUGGAAUGGCAUGCAACCUGGCAUGGGCAUGGAUGGCUAUAUGCCACCAUAUGGUGCUCCUAUGCCGUAUAUGGGGUAUGGAAUGGGCCCUAUGGACAUGCCAUUUGGGGGUCCUUUCCCACCUGAUUCAUUUGGUGGUCAAGGUUAUAUGAUGCCUAUGGUUCCACCUCAGAGGGAUCUUGCUGACUUUGGUAUGGGUAUGGGCAUGAAUGGGAUGAAUGUUGGACCUCCUCCUAUCAUGAGCAGAGAGGAAUUUGAGGCUCGGAAAGCAGAUUUGAGGAGGAAGCGUGAAAAUGAGAGACCGGGCCAAAGGGAAUUCUCCAAAGAUCGGGACUAUGGAAGGGAAGUUGGCGGUGAUGGCGAUGUGCCUCCAAUGAAGUCCAAAUCUAAGUCUUCUCUAGCCCGAUCUCCAAGCCCAGAUUCCAGGGACCGCGACCACCAUCGCCACCACCGAUACGAGAGGUCCUCUCCUGAACCCAGAGACCGAGACCGAAGAGCUUCACGUGACCUCGUCGACCCACUCCCCCCACCCCGCCCUCCCAAGAGAAAACCCGACCACCACCACGACCGUGACCGUGACCGAGAACGAGAGCCCCAGCGGGAAAGCGCCAAGGACCACGACUACUACGACGACGACAAGCCCCGCCAGAAACGUCACCGUUCCGAGUCUUCCUCGUCGAAACCCGCCGCUACUGAAAGUGCAGCACCGCAGUCAAAGCCUAGCUCAGCCAAGUCCGCGGCUGAAAUUGCUUCAGCCAAGAGCAAGGCCAGCGUGUUCUCCAGGAUCAGCUUCCCUGAGGGCGAAGGGAACAAGAAGAGGAAGAGCUCUCCUGCCGCAAAGGAGACGGCGGGUGGCGGCUCGAAGGAGGUGGCGAAUGGAUUCCACGACCAUGAGUAUAGCAAGUCUGCUAAGGUUGCUGCUUCUGCUGCGGCUGUGAGUACAACUAGCAGGAAGAGUACGACCAGUGCUGUGAGCUCUCCUGCUGUGGACUACGAGUCUAGCGACGACGAUAGGCACUUUAAGAGGAAGAAGAAGUCGUCGAGGUACGCGGAGGCUUCGCCGCAGGAGGUGCAGGUGGAGGAAGAGCCGUCGAGGCACUCUAGAGGUUCCAGGGAUCGAGAGCGGGAGCAUAGGCGGCAGAGAUAGAUAGUUAGAUUGAGCAUCCUAGGGCAUAAUUGUUCAUGCAUUCUGCUGCUGCUGCCUGAUACUCUCUUUGGGCCUUUUGGGCUUUAUUUGAUUGUAUUGAUAUAUAUGUAACUGAGCCCAUGGGCUGUGGCUAUGUUUCUAGUUCUUUGUUUCGGGAACGUUUCUGGAAUUUGAUGUUUUGGAUUAUUGAAGAUAGUACAAUAUGAAUAAAAGUCGUGUGCAAGCUAAACUCGCACUUGUCA